AUGGAUGUGAAAGAGGAGACAUGUGAGGUUGACCUGAAUAUCAUGGAGGAGAGGACCAUAAAUGUUAAGGAGGAGGACUGUGAGUGGGAGAGUGUCCACCCCAAACAGGAGAGUCUGGACAUCAAGGAAGAGGACUGUGAACUGGGGUCAGUGUGUUUUAAAGAGGAAAAUGAAGAGGAGUGUGUCAGCACUGAGAUACACAACUGUAGGAGUAUGGAGAGUGUCAAGGAAGAUGACCUUCAUUAUGGAGAUCAAGAUGGAGCAGUGACCAGGUUAGUCUCUUCUCAUAGCAGACACUCUUCAUCUCCGGAGGCUUCUAUCAAUGUAAAAUAUGAAUCAUUACAGUCUGACACAAAGAUGACUGAAGACAUUUCAUCUCCUAGAACUGAGGAAGGUCAUCCACCACCUAAGACGGACAUUAAGGAAGAAGACCGUGAACUGGCGUCAGUGUGUUUUAAAGAGGAAGAUGAAGAGGAGUGUGUCAGCCCUGAGGUGGCCAGCUAUAGGAGUAUGGAGAGUGUCAAGGAAGAUGACCUUCAUUAUGAACAUCAAGAUGGAGCAGUGACCGGGUUAGUCUCUUCUCAGAGCAGACACUCUUCAUCUCCGGAGUCUUCUAUCAAUGUACAAUAUGAAUCAUUACAGUCUGACACAAAGGGGACUGAAGGAGUUUCCUCUCCUAGAACUGAGGAAGGUCAACCACCACCUAAGACGUCAUCUGAAACAAGGGGAAUCAAACUUCACUGCUGUUCUGAAUGUGGUAAAACGUUUUCACGGAGAAGCAAUCUUCAGAGCCACCAAAGAAUUCACACAGGACAGAAGCCAUAUGACUGUUCUGAAUGUGGUAAAACAUUUUCACAGAGAAGCAAUCUUCAGAGCCACCAAAGAAUUCACACAGGACAGAAGCCAUUUGACUGUGCUGAAUGUGGUAAAACGUUUUCACAGAGAAGUCAUCUUCAGACCCACCAAAGAAUUCACACAGGACAGAAGCCAUUUGACUGCUCUGAAUGUGGUAAAACGUUUUCACAGAGAAGCUCUCUUCAGAGCCACCAAAGAAUUCACACAGGACAGAAGCCAUAUGACUGCUCUGAAUGUGGUAAAAUGUUUUCACAGAGAAGCUCUCUUCAGAGCCACCAAAGAAUUCACACAGGACAGAAGCCAUAUGACUGUUCUGAAUGUGGUAAAACAUUUUCAAAGAGAAGUAAUCUUCAGAGCCACCAAAGAAUUCACACAGGAGAGAAGCCAUUUGACUGUGCUGAAUGUGGUAAAACGUUUUCAUGGAGAAACAGUCUUCAGAGCCACCAAAGAAUUCACACAAGAGAGAAGUGUUUGAAUUAG